CUGCGCCGCCGCUGCCAUGGCCCGGGAGAACGGGGAGGGCAGCUCCUCCUGGAAGAAGCAAGCCGAGGACAUCAAGAAGAUCUUCGAGUUCAAGGAGACCCUGGGAACGGGUGCAUUUUCUGAAGUAGUUUUGGCAGAAGAGAGGGCUAGUGGAAAACUAUUUGCUGUCAAGUGCAUCCCCAAGAAAGCUCUGAAGGGGAAGGAAAGCAGCAUAGAGAAUGAAAUCGCUGUCCUGAGAAAAAUAAAACAUGAAAAUAUAGUUGCACUAGAAGACAUCUAUGAGAGUCCAAACCACUUGUAUCUGGUCAUGCAACUAGUGUCUGGAGGUGAGCUUUUCGACCGCAUAGUAGAGAAAGGAUUUUACACCGAGAAGGAUGCAAGCACUCUGAUACGGCAGGUGCUGGAUGCUGUGUACUAUCUGCACAGAAUGGGCAUUGUGCAUCGCGAUCUCAAGCCUGAGAACCUGCUGUACUACAGCCAGGAUGAAGAAUCGAAAAUCAUGAUCAGUGACUUCGGCUUGUCCAAGAUGGAGGGUAAAGGAGAUGUCAUGUCCACAGCAUGUGGGACCCCAGGAUAUGUUGCUCCUGAAGUGCUGGCCCAGAAACCUUACAGCAAAGCGGUGGAUUGUUGGUCUAUUGGGGUAAUCGCAUAUAUUUUGCUCUGUGGAUAUCCUCCGUUCUAUGAUGAAAAUGACUCCAAGCUCUUUGAGCAGAUCCUGAAAGCAGAAUAUGAAUUUGACUCUCCAUAUUGGGAUGACAUCUCAGAGUCUGCUAAAGAUUUUAUUCGGAACUUGAUGGAAAAAGACCCCAACAAAAGAUAUACCUGUGAGCAAGCAGCCCGGCACCCAUGGAUUGCAGGGGACACUGCCCUCAGCAAGAAUAUCCAUGAGUCUGUCAGCGCGCAGAUCCGAAAGAACUUUGCAAAAAGCAAAUGGAGACAAGCAUUUAAUGCCACUGCAGUUGUGAGACACAUGAGAAAGUUACAUCUUGGCAGUAGCUUGGACAGUUCAAAUGCAAGUGUGGCAAACACCCUCAGCCUGGCCAAUCCGCUUCCCGAUGGAACAACCAGAAAAGAUUGUAUGUCCCCAUCUGCUCUCUGUAGUUUUGUUUCAUCUGCUUCCUCGGGUAUUUCUGCAGUAGGAGGAGAACGGAGACCCAGGCCCACCACAGUAACAACAGUGCACACAGGGAGUAAGUGAUCAGAGGCAGAGGAUAGAGACGGGAAAGCCAUCAGGUCAAGCGUACCUACUCCGAACGAUUUCAUCCUGUUUUGUGCACUCGGCGAAGGACUAGAAGAGAGAAGAUUUUUUAUGGCCAUAUUUUAUACUGCAAUUCUGAAAUGUUUCAUUUACCACAAACUGCAAUGUCUCCAGGAGGAACGGAUCUAGCAGUCUCUGGUGCUGUAUAUAUGAGUCUAGCAAUGUUCUAACUAACAGACGCUCAUUCUUUUCCCCGGUGAUUUGCUUUCUUCUCAGUGUAGCUAACAGUAUAUGUUGUAUUUUUCCAUUAACUGAAAAGGACUCUGCUGGAUUAAUUAAAUAGAGGUAAUUUUUGAGAAUUAGAUUUUUUUUUCUUUUAGCAAGUACUUUCAGUCACAUCCCUACUUUCAGUUUGCUGAGGGAUAAAUUACUUCUGUAGGUAGAGAUUUGCAUUAACCUUACAAACAGGAGGAUUUGAAAGGCAUGCAAUUUUUAACUCCUAAAAUUAGACUGUAAACCUGUCAGAUCUUGCAGUGUCAUUACACUAAAACAAUCUGCUUUCCUUCUCUUUCUCCUUCUUGGAAACAAUGGUGAGUUGGUUGAAAACAACCAAUUAUGAGGUGCUGUGAACCAGCAACCCUCAUUGAUUUUGAAGGAAGUGGAAAAGUUCUAUGCUAGGAGCAGCUAGUAUGUGAGAAAAUAUUAUGCCUCAUCCUGCAGCUCUUAUAACCUUGCAGCUCAUCAGUAAGGUCACCUAACUAGGAGUGAGGAGAGCCUUGGUAAUUUUCCCAUCUCUGCCACUGACUCACUGCUUGCAAUUUGGGCAAGUGACUUGGGUCACCAUUUCCACAUGUGGCCUCUGGGUACCUCCAGUUUGGGACCUGUUAAUUGAGAGCUGGUGAGCACUGCAACCCACUGACUUCAGCUGAAGUUAUUGGCAGCUCAGCACAAGGCCCCAGGUGCCCAGAGCUGGACACCAAAAAUCAGAAAGUGUUUUUGAAAGUGUUGGUCUUAAAAAAACCCAAAUCUUCUGUGCCUCAGUUUUCCCAUCUGUAAAGUGGAGUUAAUACUACACACUACAGCAUGGGCACAACCUGACUUUCACUGCAGCAUGUAAGCUACCUGUACCUUACACCACUGCAGGCAUGGACAAAGCUGUAAAGAGUGGCACUGUUACUGCUUUAUCAUAAGAGUUUUAAAUAUUCUUGAACAGAAGAGAAAGCCCACUGCACUUAUGAACAUUGUGACACAUAUUCAGAUCUCUACAAUCAUUCCCAGAUUUGAGUUUUCUUCCUGGAGGAGAAAAAGUAAAAGGGGCGUUCCUAAAAAUCAGAAAUAUUUAAGUACAAGUUGAAUCUCUCCAGUCUGGUAUCCUUGGGAUCUGACUGGUGCUGAACCAGAGAAUUUUCUGUACCACUG